AUGUGUAAUACUUGGGAGUUAGAUAGUGAAACAUUGGCCAAAAUCAAUGAAUAUCUGGAGUCUAACAAACCGAUGCGCGCGCGUGCCAUCAACAAUGUCCAAGACUUAGAUGAGGCCUUAGGCCACCAUAAACGUGCCCGUAUUUCAGGUUUUACCGAUGGAUGUGAUUCAAGUCACUCUAGUGAUGAGUCAGAUGCUUCUGGUAGCGAUCACGAUGGCGUGUACCAACCUGAAUGCGUAAUUUGUAGCGAAUCGUUCCAAGAACACACUGAUAUCGGGAUACCUAUGGGUUGUUUACAUGUAUUCUGUUACGUUUGUAUCAAAAAAUGGUCAAAUCGUACAAAUGUAUGCCCAAUUUGCAAGAGUGAAUUCAACGAGCUUUGUAGAUUCAGUUGGAAACAACUUGUUGAUUUUCUUUCUUCCACUGGACGUAGGAAACUUCAAAGACUUCGUACAUCCAGAAUUUUUCGGAUAAAGAACUUCAAAACUCUUAAAGAAAGGUUGAUACGCUGCCUUUCCUCCAUACCAUCGCAGCGGGAGAAGAUCCUCUCCAAACUUCCCACAGAUGAAGCAGAAGACGGACUUGGAGGAUGUGUAGUUUGCGGAAGAGAUGAUAACUGGGAACAACUGUUACUGUGUGAUGGUUGCAACCUCGGGUUUCAUCUAUUAUGCUUGGAUCCACCCCUCAUGUAUGUCCCGCAGGGGGAUUGGUACUGCAAGAUAUGUCUGGAAUCGCAAGAUAAUCAACGCGAACAGACUUCAACAACAUCUAGAGCAAGACGGCGUAAUACACGUGGGCCAGUCAGACGAUCGUCUAGGAGACGGUUGAUUCGACCUCGUAGAGAGCGUGUUAAUGCUGACACUGUCUAUACACCAUAUACAGCAACACGGUCAAGAUCUGCGGCUAAUGUGGCUAACCAAGUGGUAGAUGCUGCAAACGAAGAUUUAUUUGCAGAGGAAAAUCUAUUUACGGAUGAUGAGGCUACUGCCCAGCCCUCGGACGGAAACGAACAUACAGUGGUAUCGCACCAAACAAGCAAUUCUAACGCUCCACGUAGCCUAGUAGGUCAUUUGUUCAAUUUGGGAGGGGCAACUAAUCGGGGAAACAAUGCACAAACAAGCCAAAUGCACAACAGGAGGACAGUGCCAGAUAUAGGCAGCUUACGUUCUCGACCAACAUCUUCGGUCGUGUCUACGGGUCUAAUCACCACCAGAACACGCGUCGGUAACGAAACUACGCUUGAAACCUCGGAUACUAACACCCCGCCGCCCAGAACGCCGGAAGAAGUUCCCAAAUCAACAGGAGUGGACGUAAUUGAGGCUUCGCUACACACAAUUGGCGAGUUCUUGAACGAUACAUCGACGAAUACGUCAUCCUAUUUCACUCCACUAUCAAGCUUGGAUGAAUAUGCCUUCGAUGCAACUUCGUUGUCAGCACCAAAAAGUCAGAGCUCCAACACCGUUGACCAUAAAACGGGAUCAGGCGAAAUGGGAAUUGAUAGUAAACCUGCUAGGUCUGUUUCAUUCAUAUAUCGUUACCGCAAAAUCAUGGAAAACAAUCGAAACAGUGACGGAACACUAUCGGCGCAAAGCCCGCCUACCCGUGGUAGCUCCCUGACGCAUUUCUUCUGA